AUGGAGAAAAUAUCCCAUCAGUUCAAGGUGAAGAAACAUUUUCCAUUCUUUGACAUGGCAUACCAAGGGUUUGCCAGUGGUGAUCCAGAGAGAGAUGCCAAGGCAAUCCGAAUUUUCCUUGAAGAUGGACACCAAAUUGGAUGUGCUCAGUCAUACGCAAAGAAUAUGGGACUUUAUGGACAGAGAGCAGGAUGCCUGAGUAUUCUGUGUGAGGAUGAGAUGCAAGCAGUUGCUGUCAAGAGCCAACUGCAACAGAUCGCGAGACCAAUGUACAGCAACCCACCUGUUCAUGGUGCACUGGUUGUUUCUAUAAUCCUCAAUGAUCCAGAAUUGAAGGGUUUAUGGUUAAAAGAAGUCAAGGGUAUGGCUGAUCGUAUCAUUGGCAUGCGAAGGCAUAAGGAAAAUCUUGAAAAGCUAGGUUCACCUUUGUCAUGGGAUCAUAUCACUAAUCAGAUCGGAAUGUUCUGCUACAGUGGGAUGACACCUGAACAAGUUGACCGCUUAACAAAUGAAUACCACAUUUACAUGACACGCAAUGGGAGGAUAAGCAUGGCUGGUGUAACAACAGGAAAUGUUGCUUACUUGGCAAAUGCGAUUCAUGAGGUUACCAAACCAAACUGA